AUGAUUGUGACAUCAUCACAGGUCCUACACCUCCUCAUCUAUCAGAUACAGAUCAGGUCCUGGUCUCAGUCGCUGCUGUUGUGUUGUGUGGAGAUUUCUGCUCCUCAGUGUAAGUCUCCAUUUUAUCAAGUAAAAUACAGAAGGAUGGAGAAGGACAGGAAUGAGAUGACUAAGAGAAUAUUACACUUCACCUUGGAGAUCCUCCACCUGGUGAUCGGAGAGGAUUACACCAUAGUGAAGAAGACAUGGGGCGAGUGUGUGUCCCCCAGCAGCCAUCUCCAUGAGUCAGGAGGACGGAGCAGGGCCCGGGGCCCCAUCACAGAUCCUCCACCUCACUCACUGAUACAUGAGGAGAAGAUCCUAGAACUCACCCACAGGAUCACAGAGCUGCUGACUGGAGAGGUUCCUAUAAGGUGUCAGGAUGUGGUGGUCUAUUUCUCCAUGGAGGAGUGGGAGUAUGUAGAAGGACACAAGGAUCUGUACCAGGACAUAGUCAUGAUGAAGAAUGACCCCCCAGGGGUAGACGAGGACAUAAUCCACAUGACUAGGAGGACACUAGAUGUGGCCCUAGAGAUGAUCCACGUGAUAUCUGGAGAGGAUUACAUAAUAAUAAAGAAGUCGUCUGGAGAGAUUGUGACCCCAUGUGGGACCAGAGAAGGGAACAGGGCCUGGGGCCCCAUCAUGGAGCCUCCACCUCACUCACUGAUACAUGAGCAGAAGAUCCUAGAACUCACCCACAGGAUCACUGAGCUGCUGACUGGAGAGGUUCCUGUAAGGUGUCAGGAUGUGGCUGUCUAUUUCUCCAUGGAGGAGUGGGAGUAUGUAGAAGGACACAAGGAUCUGUACCAGGACAUAGUCAUCAUGGAGGAUCACCGGCCCCUCACAUCACAAGGAGAAGAUGGAGAGAUCAUGGAGCGCUCCUCAGGAGAAGAUGGAGAGAUCAUGGAGCGCUCCUCAGGAGCGGACCUCCUUACCCCUAAUGUCCAUCCAGAUCUAUCAUAUAAUAAUCCCCCUGAUCAUGAGGAACCUUCUCCUGACCAACCACACAUUGUUACCACAAGGACAGGUCAGAAAGGGGGUAAAAGGGGGGUAACAAGAUCAAGUCUUGUUACACACAGAAGAAUUCACACAGGAGAGAAGACAUAUUCAUGUUCAGAAUGUGGGAAAAGUUUUCUAUAUAAAUCACGUCUUGUUGCACAUGAGAGAAAUCACACUGGAGAGAAGCCAUAUUCAUGUUCAGAAUGUGGGAAACGUUUUUCAUAUAAAUCGCAUCUUGUUAGACACGAGAGAAAUCACACAGGAAAAAAGCCGUAUUCCUGCUCAGAAUGUUUGAAAAGUUUUACAUAUAAAUCAGAGCUUGUUAUACAUGAGAGAAUUCACACAGGAGAGAGGCCAUAUUCAUGUUCAGAAUGUGGAAAAUGCUUUAUAAGAAAAUCGCAUCUUGUUACACAUAAGCAAAGUCACACAGAAGAUAAGCCAUUUCCAUGUUCAGAAUGUGGAAAAUGCUUUAUAAAUAAAUCAGAGCUUGUAAGACAUCAGAGAAAUCACACAGGAGAGAAGCUGUAUUCAUGUUCAGAAUGCGGAAAAAGUUUUCCAUAUAAAUCACGUCUUGCUGCACAUGAGAGAAAUCACACAGGAGAGAAGCCAUAUUUAUGUUCGGAAUGUGGAAAAUGUUUUGAAAGAAAAUCACAUCUUGUUAGACAUUUGAGCAUUCACACAGGAGAAAAGCCGUAUUCAUGUUCAGAAUGUGGGAAAAGUUUCAGAUGUAAAUCAGAGCUUGUUAUACAUGAGAGAAAUCACACAGGAGAGAAGCCGUAUUCAUGUUCAAAAUGUGGAAAAUGCUUUAUAAGAAAAUCACAUCUUAAUCAACAUGAGAAUAUUCACAUAUACGAGAAGCCAUAUUUAUGUUCAGAAUGUGGGAAAAGUUUCAUAUAUAAAUCAGAUCUUCUUUUACAUGAGAGAAAUCACACAGGAGAUAAGCCAUAUACAUGUUCCGAAUGUGGAAAAAGUUUCAUAUAUAAAUCAGAGCUUGUUAUACAUGAGAGAAAUCACACAGGAGAGAAACCGUAUUCAUGCUCAGAAUGUGGGAAAGGUUUUAUUAGAAAAUCACAUCUUGUUGCACAUGAGAGAAUUCACACAGGAGAGAAGCCAUAUUCAUGUUCAGAAUGUGGGAAAUGUUUUAGCGAUAUAUCUGCUCGUGUGAAACAUGAAAGAAGUCACACAGGAGUGAAGCCAUAUUCAUGUUCAAAAUGUGAAAAAUGUUUUACACAAAAAUCAGCUCUUGUUAAACAUGAGAUAAAUCACACAAGAAAGAAGUCAUAUUCAUGUUCAGAAUGUGAAAAAUGCUUUAUAAGAAAAUCACAUCUUGUUACACAUGAGAGAACUCACAUAGGGGUGAAGCCAUAUUCAUGUUCAGAGUGUGGGAAAAGUUUUCCAUAUAAAUCACGUCUUGCUGCACAUGAGAAAAAUCACACAGGAGAGAAGCCAUUUUCAUGUUUAGAAUGUGGGAAACGUUUUCCAUAUAAAUCAUGUCUUGUUGCACAUGAGAGAAUCCACACAGGAGAGAAGCCAUAUUCAUGUUUAGAAUGUGGGGACAGUUUUCAAUAUAAAUCAGAUCUUGUUAGACAUGAGAGAUAUCACACAGGAAAAAAGAGAUAUUCAUGUUCAGAAUGUGGAAAAAGUUUCACAUAUAAAUCCCUUCUUGUUGUACAUGAGCGAUAUCACACAGGAGAUAAGCCAUAUUCAUGUUCAGAAUGUGGAAAAUGUUUUGUAAGAAAAUCACAUCUUGUUACACAUAAGAGAAUUCACACAGGAGUCAAGCCGUAUUCAUGUUCAGAAUGUGGGAAAAGUUUCACAGAUAAAACAGGUCUUGUUAUACAUGAGAGAUAUCACACAGGAGAGAAGCCAUAUUCAUGUUUAGAAUGUGGGAAAUGUUUUAUAAGAAAAUCAGAUCUUGCUAGACAUGAGAGAAUUCAUACAGGAGAGAAUCCAUAUUCAUGCUCAGAAUGUGGAAAAUGCUUUAAAAGAAAAUCACAUCUUGCUAGACAUGAAAGAAUUCACACAGGAGAGAAGCCGUAUUCAUGCUCAGAAUGUGGUAAAUGUUUUACACAAAAAUCCGAUCUUAUUAAACAUGAGCGAAUUCACACAGGAGAGAAGCCGUAUUCAUGUUCAGAAUGUGGGAAAUGUUUUACAAAUAAAUCACAUCUUGUUAUACAUGAGAGAACUCACACAGGAGAGAAGUCUCACCAGUCAAACCUUCCAGUGAGUUGUUGAAGGUGAAAGGAUUCUAAGGGACUAUGAAUGUGAAGAAAGCCCAAAAAGGAACCUGUACGCAGUAAAUUUUUAAUUAAAUAAAAUAAAAUUCUGCCUUGAAAUUGAAAACUCUAUAGUCAGUACAGAAGUGGCUUUUUUUAUUUAGAAAAUUUGAACAAGAACAAGUCUGACAAGUGAAGAAGACGCAAUGACUUUUUCCAAGCAUUCCAAAAUGUAUCCUGUUUUGAGCAUUAUGGGUUGUGUAUGUGCAGGCCUAUGGCAGCAAGGGUGAUGGUGGAUCGGUGUUAGUUGUAGCCAGCAUACAGCAGGCAGUGGUGGACUGGUGUGAUUAGUAGUAGACAGCGUAAAGCAGUGAUUCCCAACCGGGGUGCCGCAGGAUUCGGCCGUCAAAUUUUUUUUUAAUUUUUUUUUAUUUCCUGCACCGGCCUUCCCUGGUGCCACAGGGGGGAGGGAAGUUUGUGUGCGCUUUGCCCCCUCCCCCCUGCAGCCCAGUGAGUGAGUGCCCUGCCAGAGAGGGGAAGAACGUGGAAGCUGCACCAUGCUGGUGUAGUGACCCGUGCCCCAGCGCCCCCCUCCCCCUGCCGCGCAGUGAAUGAGUGCCCUGACUGAGACCGGAAGAAGGGGGAAGAAAAAUUGCUUGCUUAACCCCUUAAGGACGCAGCCCAUUUUGGCCUUAAGGACGCAGACAAUUUUAUUUUUACGUUUUUGUUUUUUCCUCUUUUUACGUUUUUGU